AUGAGCAUCUAUAUUCGUCGUUAUUUAUUUCGUUUUAUUCUUUUCGUACCUAUUGUUUGGCUUUUAAUUAUUCUUAUAAUUUUACAAUCUAAUGAAAUAUCAACAAAUAAACCCAAUAAUAUUCAAUCAAAAGAUCAUAAUUUAAAUCAUCGUGUAGGACGUGAUGCUGAUGAAAUUGAUGCAUUUGGUGGUGAUGCAUUAAUCCGUUUACGUAAUCGUUUUGUACCACUUGAUAAUAAAUCUAUAAAUGUUGAAUCAUCAACUGAAGCAGUUCGUGUUAUACAUGAAAAACCAGAACAACUUGCACCACCACAAUUAGAUAAUGCAAAACAAAAUUUAAAUGCACCAGGUGAAAUGGGUAAAGCAUUUGAAGUUAAUAAAGAAAAAUUAACACCAGAUGAGCGUCGAAAAUACGAUCAAGGCUUUGAAAAAAAUGCAUUUAAUGGUUAUAUUAGUGAUUUAAUAUCAAUACAUCGUAGUUUACCUGAUGUACGUGAUCCUGGUUGUAGAAAAAUUCAAUAUAAAGCACCACCAAUAACAGCAAGUAUUGUUAUGUGUUUUCAUAAUGAAGCAUGGUCAGUAUUAUUACGAUCAAUCCAUUCAAUUAUUGAUCGUACUCCUCCAGCUUUAUUAAAAGAAAUUAUUCUUGUUGAUGAUUUUUCUGAUAUGGAACAUUUGAAACAACCCCUUGAUGAUUAUGUAAAAGCUCUUGGUAACGUAAAAGUUGUUCGACAAAGCAAACGUGAAGGUCUUAUUCGAUCACGUUUAGCUGGUGCUGCUACUGUUAAUGGUGAUGUUAUAGUUUUUCUUGAUUCACAUAUUGAAGCAACUGAAGGUUGGCUUGAACCAUUAUUGGAUCCUAUAUCACAAAAUCGUUCAACAGUUGUAACACCUGUUAUUGAUGUUAUUGAUGAUACUACAUUUAAAUAUAAUUAUGGUGCUGUAACAUCUUUGAGUGUUGGUGGUUUUGAUUGGAAUUUACAAUUUAAUUGGCAUGGUGUACCAGAACGUGAACGAAAACGUCGAAAACAUGAAUUAGAACCUGUUCGAACACCAACUAUGGCUGGUGGACUUUUUGCAAUUAGUAAACUUUAUUUUGAAGAAAUAGGAACAUACGAUGCUGGAAUGGAUAUAUGGGGUGGUGAAAAUCUUGAAAUGUCUUUUCGUAUUUGGAUGUGUGGAGGUAUUCUAGUAACUGCACCUUGUUCACAUGUUGGUCAUAUAUUUCGGAAACGAUCUCCCUAUAAAUGGUUACCUGGAGUUAACGUUGUCAAGAAGAAUGCUGUUCGUGUAGCAGAAGUUUGGCUUGAUGAAUAUAAAAAAUACUAUUACGAAAGAUUUAAUUAUGAUUUAGGUGAAUAUGGUGAUGUUGCUUCUCGUAAAUUACUUCGGCAAAAAUUACAAUGUAAAUCUUUUAAAUGGUAUUUAAGUGAAAUUUAUCCAGAACAAUUUAUUCCUGGUGAAGCAGUAGCUUCGGGCGAGAUUCGAAAUUUAGCCGCCGCUUUUUGUGUUGAUGGAAGUACUGAUCACAAGAAUUAUCAUAAACCAGUUAUUGGAUAUCCAUGUCAUUCUCAAGGUGGUAAUCAGUUUUUUAUGUUAAGUAAAUCGGGAGAAAUUCGUCGAGAUGAUGGCUGUUUAGAUUUUUCAGGUGGUAUUCAUGACGCUAAUAAAGAUGAUAAAGUUAUUGUUUAUCCAUGUCAUGGAAUGAAAGGAAAUCAACAUUGGCUGUAUAAUGAGAACAAUCAAUUACAUCAUGUAGUAUCAAAUUUAUGUUUGACAUUAUCUGAGGAUCAUAAACAUCUUCGCAUGAGUGCAUGUGAUAAUAAUAAUCAACGUCAUAAAUGGUCAUGGAAACGAAAACCACUUGUCGAAACAACUAAAAUUUAA